GUGGUGACCCCAACCAGAGUGGGACAGACCUACACUUACAGCCCAGGACAGCAUAACCAGCAGGACCUCUAUGACGUCCCACCCAUCAGAUCACAAGGGGUGUACGAUAUUCCACCUGGUCAGAUGUUCCCUGGUCAGCAAGGCGGAGCCAGAAACCAAGGAGUCUAUGAUGUUCCCCCAUCACCAAUGGACCCUAGGUCACAAGGCAUCUAUGACAUCCCUCCAACCUCUCAAGGGGUCUACUCAGUGCCUCCCUGCAGGACCAACUCUGCCCAGCAGGAGGGGAACUACGACUUCCCGCAGCCCCUCAAGAGCAAACAGGAAGGCAUCUACGACGUACCCCCACCUGUCCUCGCCAAGCCCGCCCAGAGCUCGCAGUCACAUUACAACUUCCCACCGAACGUGGAGCCUCCGGCUCAUCAGCCGCACCCGAACACCAACGGCAAUGAAGGCAUUUACGAUGUGCCACCGCCUACCUGUCAUUCAGGGGCGGGGUCUCGCAACGACGUGUACGACAUCCCGCGGGUCAUGCAGACCUCCCAGCACAGAAGCUCGCCCGCCGACAGAGACGGCAGCAAAGGCAUCUACGACAUCCCCGCUCAGGAUGCUCGCGCAGUAGCGGACGUGACGGACGGCGUGAACCGCUUGUCGUUCUCCAGCACGGGCAGCACGCGCAGUAGCAUGUCCACCUCCUCGUCCUCCACUGGCUCCAGCUCUGAGGGCCGCCUCGCUCUGGAUGUGGACACCGCCAUCCAGAAGCUGUACCGCCUUCAGCAAGCAGUGGACAGCUCAGUCGGGAAUUUGCAUUCAAUGGCAGCUUCCCCUCACUGGAGGACUUUUCCUUUCAUGGAACGCCACGCCAACGACGUCCGCACAGUUCUGGACAGAGUCCGGGCCGGUCUGGGAGACUUCAUUGUGUUUGGCAGAGGUGCCGCGGUGAACGCUACGUCUCUGUCAGACAACAGUCUGCACAGUAAGCUUCGAAGGCAGCUGGGACGCCUGGAGGACUCACAGCAGAUCCUUCUGCAGAUCUACCAAGCUCUGGAAAACUGCAGCUGGGCGCUUAACACCCUGGCCUCGUCUGGAAGGCACCACAACAAGACCGACGACCUGGACCGCUUCGUCAUGGUCUCCAGGACUGUUCCCGACGACGCCAAGCAGCUGGCCUCCACGAUAGGCAGCAGCGCCGAGCUGCUGUUCAGGCGGACGCAUGUGGACGGAUCUUUCUCUGUGGGCAGCACGCCUGAUGAGAACGUGAUCCACCCGCUCACCUCCCCCUCGUCGGACAACGACAACAACGGGGGCCAGACCAAACCUUUCCCCAUGCCCUCGACCCCAGACAAGGACAACAUGAACAAUAGCGAGAAGUGCGUGAAAAGCUGGAUGGAGGACUACGAUUAUGUACAUUUGCAGGGCAAAGAAGACUUUGAACGGCAGCAGAAGGAGCUGUUGGAGAAAGAAAACAUAAUCAAGCAGAGUCAAGUUCAGCUGGGUCAGGAACAGAUCAAUCAGUUCAAGAAGCUGGAGCAGGAAGUGAGCAAACCCGUGGAGAACGACAUCACGCAGUGGAUUUCACACCAACACUCGGCGCCGCCCUCAGACUCCUCGUCCUCCUCCACCUCCCUCUCCCCGUCCGCCCACCUGUGCGCUCGGGACCGCCAGCUGCUCAGCUUCUACUCGGAGCAGUGCGAGCAGCACUUCGUCACGCUCCUCAGCGCCGUGGACGCCUUCUUCGGCUGCGUCAGCGCCGGCCAGCCCCCCCGCAUCUUCGUGGCACACAGCAAGUUCGUGAUCCUCAGCGCCCACAAACUGGUCUUCAUCGGGGACACGCUGUCCCGGCAGGCCUCGGUGCCUGAGGUGGCAAACAGGGUGAUGAACUCGAGCAACGUGCUGUGCGACCUGUUAAAGACGGUGGUGUGCGCGACUAAAACGGCCGCCCUGAACUACCCGAACACAGCCGCCAUCCAGGAGAUGGUGGACAGAGUCACCGACCUGUCGCACCACGCUCAGCAGUUUAAAGAACAGUUGCUGCAGAUGGCUCAUUUGUGAUUUUCACCCUCAUGGCUCCUGCACAUCACUCCGUUUGUACAUCUGCCAUAAAAAUAUAUAUAUAUAUUUGCAGUAUAUGUAUGUCACUCUCCAUCUUUAAGCCCGUUUAAGAUGUUGUAAAUAGUCUGUGUUCUGUAAAUAUUUGCUCUAUUUUUAUGUACAUUGUUCUAUAUUAUGAUAUGGACACAUAUAGAUGCAGUACUGGUGCCUCUGUAGGAACAUGUGGACAUUUUUCAUAACAUUCCCAUUGCAUAUUAUGAAGCACCUUAUGAGAUGUCCUGUUAUUUCAUUUAUAACUGUAGAGUGUCGUUUCUGUGUCUUCCUGCUGGAUGUGACAGUUAAAAGUUCCUUGUAAAUCAA